AUGGUGCUAUUUGCCGGAAUGGUAAUCCGAUACAUGAAAAAUAACAUGCAUAUUCAUCUUCUUUCUCAGUCUGCCACCUUCGUAGUCGGCCUUCUAACGUUCGUACUCGUGAAUAACCCGCUCCACACUCUUGAUAUCUCUUCGACCUUUCCGUCGAAUAAAUUCCCGGACUUCGUCAAUGACUUCCACAAGGCGUGUCGAAACCUUGGACAAGAUGUUAAGAGCGAAUUCUCCGACGACCACAGUGCUGCAAUCAUCGACACCAUCCAAAAGGCAAGAAGCCUGCAAGCGAUCGAAGUGAUUGCGACUGUCUAUGACACAUUACACCAACAUUGUGGAGUUGCAAGCCUCCCGAUCAAGCAGUAUCGGCUGUCCUUAAGGUUCGUCUCUUCACCACCCUUUCCGAAACUCCGACUGAUCGUUAAACACAACGGAGAGACGUAUUUCGCAUACCCUAUGAACGUCGAACCACUCGAGGUCUUGUUUGAAUUCCCCAUAGAGGACAUCGUGCCAGUACCUCCUGCCCCACAGAUGAGGCCAAUUGAGCUUCCCGGAGACGAUGAGGGGCACGACUGGUACAUCAGAGAUGCACCCCUGGAGGGUAAUGCCCUCCACUUCUUUGAUGCUCAAACAGCAGAUGUCGGCAUCAUCGCGCCACUCGAGCCCGAGAACGACUACGAAAAUUUCGGCGUGAUCCAGCGACUCCUGGACACAGUCAAUAACGUAAACGAGACGUUGCAAAACCUUCGGCAAGAUGUGCAAAGCUGCUUUGGUAACGAUCUCGAUGUUGCAGCCAUUGACGUCUGCCAGGAGGCAAGAAACAUGCUGGCGAUGAAAAUUAUCGAUACCGUAGGUAUGGGAUUAGCACACCAUGGGGGAGAUGAAACCUACCCCAUCCAAGUCCUGCUUGCUAUUCUGAUGGAGAGAUUUACGGAUGGCCGUGCUGAAGAUGGAGACAUUGAGAUCCUAAAUGUGAUAAUUGGAAAUAUCAACGCGUAG